CCCCGCGCCGAUGCCGCCGAGUCGCGCCGGCGACGGCGGCGCCAGGCGCUCGCAACGAUGGUGACGAGCCGACUUCGCCCAUGGCUCUAAACCGGGAGAACUGCCUCGAUCGCAUUCUGCGAUAUCUCGGCUUGCGGCUACCGGGCUCGCGUCGCUCCAGCAGCCUCCUGUGCCUCUCGAACCGCUCCGACGACCGCCUCGACCAGGGAGGACACCAACACCACCAACACCACCACUACCACCGCCGCCAGCAGCAGCAGCAGCACCGCCACCAUGAAGCGCACCGAGUCUCGCAGCCAGGACACGGCUGCGGCGGCGAGGGUCGGGACGCGCACCCCUGGGCGAUCCGCUUGCGGGACGCGCUGAGCGGAGAUGCGAUGUGGAUGCGGCACGUCGCGGAGGCGAUGCAGAGUCAGAACGCGCGCACCGUCACUCUGAUCGCGGUCACGUUCGCCUAUCUGCUGCUCGGCGCCCUGGUGUUCGAGGCGUUCGAGUCCAAGAACGAGGUGGAGGAGAGCGGCAAGCUGCAGAGCAGGGAGGACGCGCUGAGAACCAAGUACAACAUCAGCAAAGACGACUACCGCGACAUGGAGAGACUCGUGAUCGAGUCCAAGCCGCACAAGGCUGGGGAGCAGUGGAGAUUCUCGGGCUCGUUUUACUUUGCCAUCACGGUCAUCACGACCAUCGGCUACGGACACUCGGCGCCCAACACGAACAAGGGCAAGGUGUUCUGCAUGUGCUACGCGCUCCUGGGCAUCCCGCUCACGCUCGUCAUGUUCCAGAGCCUGGGCGAGCGCAUGAACACCUACGUGAAGCGUCUGUUGCGGAGGCUCAAGAAGUGCGCGGGCCUCAAGAACACCGAGGUGUCUACGCGCAACAUGGUGACCGUGGGGCUGCUGUCGUGCGCCGGCACCCUCUGCAUCGGCGCCGCCGCCUUCUGCCACCUGGAGAACUGGCUCUUCUUCGACGCCUUCUACUUCUGCUUCAUCACGCUCACCACCAUUGGCCUGGGCGAUUUCGUGGCGCUGCAGAAGGACAACGCCCUGCAGGACGACCACCUGUACGUGGCCUUCAGCUUCAUGUACAUCCUCGUGGGGCUCACGGUCAUCGGCGCCUUCCUCAACCUCGUGGUGCUGCGCUAUCUGACAGUGAGUGGCGAGGACGAGGAGGUGGCGGUCUCGGGCGGCGAGGAGAGGGAGUCUCUGCGGCCGGGCAAGGGAGGCGUCCUCCUGCGCCUGCACGGAGGGUCCACGGAUAGCCCCGACCUGCAGUCCGUGUGCUCGUGCAUCUGCUACGGACACCGCGAACGACAACAACAUCAGCAGCAGCAGGAGCAGCAGCACGAGCAGCAGCAGCAGCCUCGGCCGCGCUUUCUAGACGGCUGUCGCUCCAAGGUAGACGCGAGCCGCGGCCUCGUGUGCGGCUCGCUGUCCUACCAGCUGGAGGAGAUCUCCCCGAGCAAGCUGACCGGCAGGCUGCACUCAUCGGGACUCAGCUCCGCGUCGGGACUACACAGCUCGUGGCGGGAUAGUGGGAGGUUCUCCCGCAGGAGUUCCAUGUAGGACCCACCCCCACCCCACACACACACCUCUUACACGUGCCAUCGACGACGAGCAAUGGUUGUGCCUCCCUCUGAUCUCGUCUGGACUGGACGGAAGGAAGGUGGACACCGCUCACUGGUCGGCGAGCGACGUUUCGCCGAUCACUCGUGCCGAGGGAAGGCGCGCGUUGCGCCAGGAAGCUUUCGUGAAACGCGACCGGGGCGGUCUCUUUCGGUGCUUGGACCCGCGAGGAGGAAUAAUGCGCGGCCCAGCGGGAGGUCGCGUCGAGGCCGUUCAGGCAGAUGCGAGGUCGCGAUCGGCAUUGGGGAUACGCAACAUCAAGGCAACGCGCCUACCGUGAACAGGGGGACGCGCCCGCGGUGCUAAUGGUGAGGCCACCCGAACCGGCGAUCCCAGAGAUCGACCGGGUGGAUCUCCCCGGGUAGAAACAACGGCGCAGGUUGAGCAAACCUCCUCCACCUCUGUCGCACGUGCACGUUAUUUAAACAAUGGGAGUGCCGGCAAGCGAGUCAAUGGUUCAGGGCGCGCGUGGUGUGGUAAAGUGUGGGCAACUCCCACGUCCUCCCAAACACCUUCUGGCCGGCAAUGAAGGGCAGGUCGGGUGGGGGGGGGGGGGGUACCUUCCGCCAGCAACGGCAGUGAACGAGGAAUUGCAGGGCUGCGCUUUUGCCUUCACACCUCCCAUUAGAGACACUGCAGAGAGCGGUUCGAGUGUUAGCGACAUCUCCAGCCGAAGCUUCACUGUUAGAAGUCGAAGUCAUCAUUUUUUUUUGGCUUGAAAAAAAACGUGGCACCAUUCUGGCACGAAAAUUUGCCACUCAAAGCGCCAUCGCAUUAAUACUCAGCUAUAAAAAAUAUAUUAUAUCGACCUACUGCCAGAUGAAGGCCUACCCACGCCGUGUCGGUCACGGGAAUUGUUGACCAUACUUCACCACGUUUGUCAGUGCGGGUGAGUCAAAUGAGAGGGAGGCUGCAGGUGCAGUUCAGAUGUCACAGGCCAACUGAUGUUAGCCGUGCCCGGGAAUGGAACUCAAGUGGGCCGGGGGGCGGGUAGGUUCUUAGCGCACUGCGCCAACCAUUACACCAUCGCUCCACCCCCACCACAUUGUUCUAAAGGGAUGGGUGCUGUGAGGGGGGGGGGGGGUGAAUGGAAUUUGCUGACAUUUGUGUGGUGGCGAAGCAGGCGUCUCAAACCACAAUGUUCUUGCUUCCCCAUUCUGCAGCUCAACCGUUCCGUGCUUACCAAUAAUUUCCGCUCUAAUGUCAAAUACAAUUCAUCUUCAGUGGAGGAG